AUGACAAGCUGUUCAAAUUUCACUCCACAUUUAUUUAAGAAAGAUACAUGUUGUGACUGUUUUCAAACAAAAGAUAAACAUAUUGAUUUGGAACAUUCAUUACCAACUGAGAGUUCUUCCACAAAUAUCAGUUCAAAUAAAUCUUUUCCAAAUGAUAACAAUAAUAUUCAGUUAAAUCAAUCUUCUGUUCAUCAAAAUAUAAUCAAUCAAGAAAAAAAAACUGAUACAGCAAUUUCUCGUGAACAAACAUCAGAAUCAUGGGAAAGAAAACCGUGUCGCUACGGUCUCAAAUGUUAUAGAACAGGUCAGAAUCACCUUGAUAAUUUUUCACAUCCAUUGGGAUUUCAGGUAAAACAAACCAAAAAUACUUUGAAGUGUCAACCUCAGAACACGGAUCAAGAAAAAAAUAUAUGUAUAUAUGGUUCAAGGUGUCGUCGAGAAAACCCAGAUCAUUUCAAAAAAUAUUCACAUCCCGUGGAAUAUGAUACAGAAAGUCAAUCUGAUAAUAGUAAUUCUCCAUUAUUACAAGACAAUUUUGAAAAACAAUUGCUACUUGUUGAAAAACAAUUUCUUGCUUCAAUAGCAGAAUUACAAAACAGAAAUCAAUAUUAUGUGCAAGAAAUCGAAAAAUUACGUCAAGAUACAAUUAAAAUGGCAGAAUAUCAUCUACAAUUAGAAAAUGAUUUGGCACUAGAAUUAGAUGAAAGAGAACGUCGUGAAUCAAAAAAACGUCAUGUUUAUUCUAUUCAACGCAAAACACCAAAUUAUUGGGGGAUCAAUGCAUUUGAAGUGCCUUAUCGAGAAAUAAAUAUUCGUCAAGAAUCAGGUGAAUUUACUAUGAUAAAUGAUUUAUUCAAUAGUACAAUUGGAAGUCAUGGAAAUCAAUUUGGAACUAUUUAUGGAAAAGAUCCAACAGAAUUUAUUGUUACUAAUAUUAAACGAAUUCAUAAUGAUAAACUUUGGCAUGAAUACUGUUUUAAAAAGGAUAGUAUCAUGAAUAAAACAAAUAAUCGUUUAAUGGAAUAUGAAAGUUCAAAAUAUUUUGAAGAUCGACCAUUAUUAACACCAUUGUUAGAUGCAUCUGCAAAUGAAUAUUGGUUAUUUCAUGGUUGUGAUAGAAAAAUAUUACCAAUUUUAUUACAUGAUGGCUAUGAUCCUCGAGUAUCAAGUAUAACAGGAAUGUUUGGAGGUGGAUUUUAUUUAGCUGAAAAUUCUUCAAAAUCAAAUCAAUAUAUUGCAUGCCCUAGUUGUGAGAAAAAUUGUAUAUUCCGUGGAAGAGGAUGUUCUUGUAAAAAUCAAAAUGAUCUACAAUAUUUAAUGAUUGUUUAUCGUGCAUUGUUAGGAGAUGUUCAUAUAGCAAUGAAUUAUGACAAAACAAUUUAUCGUCAAAAAGACAAAGAAAAACCAAUACGUCGACCGCCACUUAAAGAUAAUUCAUGUGAUUUAUAUGAUUCAGUUAUGGGUGAAUCAAAAAAACAUGAUGGAAAUAAAUUAGAAUAUCGUGAAUUUAUUUUAUAUGAAUUUGGUCAAGCAUAUCCAGAAUAUGUUAUUCAAUAUAAAAGAUCAGCUACAAAUGCACAUCCUCCUUCUGAUCCAAAAAAUAUCAUUAAUAAAUGUCGAUUCUUUUUACAGAAUCGGUUUAAUUUAAGAAGUGAAUAG